AUGACUUCUGAAACCGUGGAGAAAGACGAAGAACUCAGUAUCAAUUCCAAUGUAUUGGACUCGGACGACGAAGAAGACGAUCUGUUCAAAGACUGGUCGAGUAUUGCAAAAUUGUCCAAAAGUCAGGCUGUGGUGCCCAAAAGAGGUGACAAGGACUACGAACCGGACGGGACAAAUGCUCAGGAGCUUCUUCUCUACAGGGCAAAAAAAGCCAUGUUUGAUUCGAUCUCAGAUGCGGCCCGUGGUACAGUGGUGAAAAACCAGAUCAAAGCAUAUUACGUGCCACAGUGCCAUAGGGCGUUCAUUCCGCAUCCUAGAGGUAAUUUCAUGCACACUAUGGGUAAAGUUGACAGAAAUGGGACUUGUUGGCUCACAUUUAAUGAAUUUGUAUACCUUGCUGAGCGAGGAACUAUCACCCCGUAUUUCAAGCGUAGCGAUCGUGAAAGCCACGAACUCGAUCCCUUGCUUAGCAUCCAAGACCUAUAUUUACUUUUCAAAACAGCUCAAGAAACUGAUGAAUUUGCGGUCUUUGCACACCUCAAAAGGCUAGGAUUUAUCGUAAUUUCAUCUCAGCUAACGCCGAAAAGCGAAAGCGCGGAUAUCCCACACACGGACGUGAAAAAAGGUUUCCGCCAGGGACUUUCAACUCUCACAAAAGCGAUCUUUACUUUCUUCCCGGUACCAACCUAUCAUCCUCUUCAAUACCACCUUACAAGAUAUACAACAUCCAGUCAGAUAUAUGAAGCUUUGAAAAACCUGGUGCCGUACUAUGCUGCACCUAAAACGAUGCACGAUUUGGAAAAAGACAAGUACGUCACGAAAUUUGAAGGAGACGAUCAUGAGUUCACCUUUGAUGUAUGGAAGCCGCGCGGCACUUUCAAGAAAAAGGUUCCGGGACCACCAGAUUUCCAGCUUUUGGUCUUCAACAAAAACAGUAGUGACUGCACAUUUCCCACUUAUGCAGAAAUCAAGCAACGGUUUAGGAGUGUUCGCUCUAAGUAUGAGGGCAGUUUAACACAAGCUCAUACUGCUUCCUCUCCAGGUAGCAAAGAAGUUGGAAAAGCGGUCAAACGACUAAAUCCAUACAUUGAACAACAAAGGCGUUUGAAAAGAGGCUACAGAAGCUUUAUUUUGGCAGUUAUGGACGAUGGUUUGAUAAGUUUUGUCAAGCUGACGGAAUCGGACUUCGGCUCAGAAGACGUUUGGUUUAAAACUAGUGGCAAGACUAGUAAGGAAAGAUCUGGCCCAGCUCAACCGAAGCGGCGCAACGCCAAAAAUUCUAUCAAUAAGCAAAUUCCUCAAACGCCCCCCACUUCCAAAAACUUACCCGCCGAAACGUGA